AUGGCAACCGAAAUUUUUUUCAUCACUCUCAAACCUUUUCUUGAUGGCUCAAAUUACAAAGUUUGGAAAUAUAUGAUGGAAAAUUAUCUUGAUAUGCAAGGGGUUGAUCUAUGGAGUGUAUUUCUAAGGGGAUGGACACCUCCAUGUGACAAAAAUGGAGCUCUUUUGAAGAGACAAGAUUGGUCUAUAGAGCAAGUCAAGGAGAAUGGCAUGAAUAGAAAAGCCAUUACUACUCUCCUCUCCUCAAUCUCUAGAGAAGAACAAGGUAGAAUUCAACACUUUAAUUGUGCCAAGCAAAUGUGGGAGACUCUUGAGAGCUACUAUAAAGGUACACAACAAGUCAAGGGUAAGAAGCUUGAGUUGCUUCUUGGUGAGUAUGAAGGCUUCAAGGGCUUGCCAAAUGAAGAUGUGGGGAUGAUGACAUCAAGGCUUCUUAAGAUUGUUCAUAGUCUUGAGCAACUUGGGAAAUUCUUCAAGCUAAAUGAAAUCAAUGGUAAAAUCCUAAGAUCCCUUCCUAUUCUUCUAUGGCAACCUAAGACUACCGCCAUCAUUGAAACUCAUGAUUUAUCCACCUUGAGGACGGAUGAGUUGAUUGGAAAGCUUCUUCUCCAUGAGAUGUCUUACAUCAAGAUUAUUCAAGAAGAAAUGGCAAGGGAGAAGAACAUGGCUUUCAAGGCAUCAACAAGUACUCUUUUAGAAGAGAACAAGAAGGAAAGCAAUGAGGAAGAACUCUUGAGGCUCACAAAGAGAGUGAAUGAGCUCAAGAUGAAGGGAAAUGGCAAUCAUGGUAGAUCCUCCUCUUCAAGGAAGAGUUCAAAGGGGGGUUCCAAGACUUUUUGGGAUGGUGAUUCUCAAUCGGAUGGUGAUAGCCACCAUGAUGCCAACUUGUGCCUCAUGUCUUUUGAGGAGGAACCAACACUAAAGCUAAACCCCCAAUCUUUUCUAUCUUGGGAUGCCAAGAUGCUAUUUUUCAAAAAUGAGGCUUCUAAAGCCAAAGAUGAAAUGAUUGUUUUAACAAAAGAAUUUCAUGAGCUUAAAUUGUCAAAUAAAGCUCUCAAGUCAUCUUUAGAAUCUAUCCCUAAGCAAGGUUUGAAUGUUGAUGACUUGCUUAAGGAAAAUGAUCAACUAAAGAAUGAAAUUCUUGAAUUAAAAGAUUCACUUUUAAGAUUUCAAAAAGGGAAGGCAAAUUUGGAUUCAAUUCUUGUAUCUCAAAGAUGCCCAACCAUAAAAUAUGGACUUGGCUAUAAUCAAAAUGCCUCUAGUUCCAAUGGGACUAAAUUUGUGAAGUCCAUUUUGCCUCAAACUUCUUCUAUAGAAGUUCCUCCUAAAUUGGUCAAACCAAUUGAGGCAAAGAAGGUGCAUGCUCAAGCUCCUAGGCCUAAGCCAUUCUUGGCUCAAAAGGCUAAGAGCAACAAGGGUACAAGACCCUUGAGACAUGGCUAUGCUUCUCAAUAUAGUCAAAAAUGGAACAAGAAGACUAGAAAGAACUCACAUGUACAAUUGAUGUCCACUAAACCAAUCUCAAAUCAUAAGGUGGAUGAUCAAUGGAAGCUUUUGGAAAAUGGCAACAUAGGAGAAUCUAAAACUUCUGCAUGUGGGCUAUUUUCAAGUGGACGUGUUGAAGUUUCCGGAAUAAAAGCUUGA